GAUUAAGAGCUAAUGGCGUACAGGAACAUGACGUCAAUUUUCCUAAUAUUGACACUGUGCUGCGCGGUUACACAUGGUUCAUCCAAACAUGUUCACGAGUUUGAAAAUAUACAAUCAGAGGACCAACACCUGGACUUAAACAUGCUGGAGGCCUUAACUCACUUUUUAGAACAAACAAAGAUUCAUACAAACAUAUCAGCUGGCCUACAAAGGAAAGGAUUCUCCUGGAAGAAUUGUGGUCAAUCUUCAGCACUCGUGGACAUCAGGUCGCUGUCACUGAGCCCCGACCCCCUGUCGUUGCCCGGACCAGUUAAUGUUGCAGCUUAUUUUACAGUGAAUCGCGCACUAAAUGCUCCACUGAAAGCACGUUUGACAGUCUACAAGAAGAUUCUGUUCACAUAUAUAAAGGUCCGCUCGUUCAAGUUCGGUGACAUGUGUUCCAGUUUGGCAAAAUACAAGUAUCGGUGCCCCGAUCAACUUAAGAAGAUUGGGAUCAAAUGCUCGUGUCCAAUAGCACCGAACACAUACAACCUUGGGAUGACACAGUUUUAUGUAUCGUCUAAACGCAUCCCCAAGGGAGACUAUCGCAUCGUUAUGGAUAUUUCAAUGAAUCAGUCUCAGGUUUUGUGCAUCGACGUGCAUUUUUCCUUAAAAUAGAGUCAAACCUCUUUCCACAACUGAUUUGGCUAGCUGGCUGAUGUUGUUUUCUUUUCUUCAAUUGGUUUGACUUUAUUUGUAUGUUCUCAUACCAUUUGUUUGUCUGCAGGUUGCGAAAUAAAUCUAUGUUUUUUAAGCAUCCUAUUUUAUAAUUGCUUUGGUGAUUCAGGUAUAUUUUGAUUUAAAAUACUUACAAAGUAUUGAUUAUGUAUUUAUUUUUGCGUUUUGAUAUCUAGCAAUAUAUUUUUUAAAGAGUAUCAUAUAACUUACAAUUCGAGAGCAAUUUUAUUUUGCCUGUCUACAAUAUAUGUGUAACUUAUGUGUUCAGUGUCGCGUGUAACCUUUUUUCUUGGUCUGAGGUUAUCUGGCUGUUUGACUGUUAAACCUGUUAAGAUGAAACGCAAAAGUUAUAGGUAGAUUUUAAAUGGUGAUGUGAGCAACAAAAGAAGCGUUACUUUAAACCUUACACUGUUCUAUUCAUUCAAAGUGUUCAUUCAAAAAAAAAUCAUAUAUUUUUUUACGGAACAUCUUUUUCUCAUUAUGAAUGAUAGCAUGUUGAAAUGUCAAAGGUAUAAAGAGCUUUCAAUUAGGAGGAUUAUAGUGCACUUCUAAGGAUUAUAGUGCACAAGAAGUGCAGCUAUUGACCCGUUGUUAUGUAUUUGUUACUUGUUUUUGUUGCCUUCUACCAAUUAUUGCCCCAUCGACUGGGCACACAUUUUAUAACUAAACGCUGACAUUAUGUUGUCUAAAAUGUUUUAAUAUUAAGACGUAUGCGCAUGAUGUCUUCUGAUAUAUUUUAUAAAAUAUACACCUUGCAUAUAAUUGUUACUUAAAAAUACUUGCAUUACAUUUUUAUAUUACAAUAAAUCAAUAAAUACAACGCUGUUA